AUGACUGGAUCCUCUUCUUCUACAUCAUCUUCUACACUUUCUGAUAAACCUUCUUCUACGAUUAACAUCAAACAUGCUGUUCCCUUGAUUCUUGAUUUGGAUCGUAUGAAUUACGAUAUCUGGCGUGAACUUUUUGAGAUCCAUUGCAUUGGAUACGGAGUCAAAGAUCAUCUUGAACCCCCAAAAGAAAAGAUUUAUGCAGAAAACAACGAUGAAUGGACCCGGUUAGAUGCCAUCGUGAAGUCUUGGAUGUAUGGCACCCUUGAAAUCUCUCUUCUUCAUCUGAUUUUUGAGAAACAGACAACAGCAUAUGAUGUUUGGCUUAAACUUGAAAAAGUUUUUCGGACCAACAAAGCAAAUAAGGUAAUUCAACUGGAUAAUGAACUGAGAAAUAUUACCAUUGGAACUUCUUCUGUCACAGAAUAUUGUAAUCGUAUCAAAAACCUUGCUGAUCUCCUCAAUAACAUGGAUGCAAAAGUUCCUGAACCUAACCUUGUUGCUUACACCUUAAAUGGGUUGUCUCCAAAAUUUCGAGUCUUUGCAACUACAAUCCGUCAUCGGGACCCUCUACCCUCGUUUUGGGACGUUAAGUCUAUGCUCAUCCAGGAGGAACAACAAUUUAUUCAAGAAGACAGUCGCCGAUCUUCUCUUACUCACUCCGAUACCGCCUCAUCGCCUCAUGCCCUUGCCACCGAGUCGACAAAUCAGCCGCCAUCUCGAGGUGGUCAUCGUGGGGGACGCAACGCCGGUCGGUACAGAGGUGGUCGAAACGGAAGACAUGCUGGUCGAAACUUCAAUGGCGGCAGCGAACCUCCUGUGAACGGACCGUAUCAGCAACGAGGUGUGGGGAACUCUUUAGGGAAUUGGGUCUACGGAUGGCAUCAGGUCAACAAUAAUGGUGGAGUCAAAUCUUCAAAUGGUGGACCAAAUUCUCUUGGACUUCUUCCAAGCCCUAAUUCGGCUCCUCAUAACAAUCAUUUUGGACCAAGACAGCCUUGGGUCCAGCCGAACACAGCCCAACAACAUUUAUUUUUUGGUCCACAGCAAGCUUAUCAGACCAGUCACACUUCUCAACCUUUUUUGUGGCCCAAAAACUCAUAUUCAACAAAUCCAGAGCCCACUUCUCUUCCACAAAUGUUUAAUACUAUGUCAUUAAACGAUCCAGGUCAAGAUGGGUGGUAUAUGGACACCGGGGCUACAUCGCACGUUCACGCCAACGCAGGAUCUUCAAACCAAACAAAUUCUCAUGCGAUGUGA